AUGGUCACAGGUGGUGCGCUGGCCGGUGGCAUGGAGACUUCCGCUUCCUAUGCCGAAAUCACCAGCUCUCCAGAGCCGGCUCAGCCGGUGUCGGUGGAGCAAAGUGGGACAGCCAAUGUCUCGGCCGGCGGCAGUGGCUUUGCAGGCUUUGUGACAGAGACACUCUUCACACGUUCUUCCAAGACACCCACUUACUCGUCUUUCCAAAACGAUCUCACAAGCUUUUCAAGUAGCCAUCAGCCAGUCAGUAGCAUUGAUGCUGAGAAAAGGACCUCAGUUUCUCAUACAGACGGCACAUACAUUUCAACUACAUAUACCAGAGGAGGAGAAAGGACCCUCCUGUCUAUCUCGAAUAGCAGCACCUCUGCUGACUCCUCAGAAAGUUCUACCUUUUUUUCCGAAAUUUCCAAUCCUUCUGAUUCAUCCAAAUCUUCUGUGGCACAGGAUAGGAGGAGCAAUGUAUCUAGUGAUGGUGGUUUUGUUGAACCAUCUACGGAGCCGUUGCUGGUACACUCUUCCAAGCUGUUGACUUCUGCUUCUGCAGGCAGUGUACAAAAUACAACUCUCUUCAACACUGACUCUGAGUUGUUGACCACUGAUGUGGAUAAAUGUCUUUCCAACCCUUGUCCUGCACUGGCCACCUGCAACAAUACCCGUGGUUCCUAUAUCUGUCAGUGUCCUCUUGGAUAUGAGCUGGAAAAAGGAAAGUGCAAUUUAGUAAGAAUAUUUAUCGGCCAGGUCCCCCUGAAACUUAAUAUUACCCAUGGGAAGUACACAGAGCUCCUCCACGUCGAGGGUGAAAUCCUGGGGAUGCUUGAUGCAUCACUGUCAGGCUUGCCGGGGUACCACCACUCCACAGUUAAGGCAACCAGGGAUGCAAAUUUUGUGCAUGUUUCAGUGCAAUCCACGUUCUCUUUAGCAUCCAACGUGACUUUCUACGAUGUUGUCAGCAGUGUGAAAAGCUACAUUCGAGCUUGCAAAGCCCCCACAGAAGCCUGCCAGUUCAUCUCCAGCCUGAAACCGCUCCACAGAGUUGGCAGCUUGUGCAAGCAGAAAGACCCCGAAUGCGACAAGGAAACUUCUGAAUGCACCGACUUCGAUGGGGUCGCGCUCUGCCAGUGCAAAAGUGGGUACUUCAAAUACAACAAGAUGGACCACUCCUGCAGAGCCUGUGAAGAUGGAUAUAAGCUGGAAAACGAGACCUGUGUGAGCUGCCCGUUUGGCUUAGGGGGAUUCAACUGUGGAAACCCCUAUCAGCUCAUCACCGUGGUGAUCGCGGCUGCAGGAGGAGGACUUCUGCUUAUCAUGGGCGUAGCACUGAUUGUCACCUGCUGCCGAAAGAAUAAAAAUGACAUAAGUAAACUCAUUUUCAAGAGUGGAGAUUUCCAGAUGUCACCGUAUGCUGAAUAUCCCAAGAACCCCCGGACACAGGAGUGGGGCAGAGAGACCAUCGAGAUGCAAGAGAACGGAAGCACCAAGAACCUGUUGCAGAUGACAGAUGUGUAUUAUUCGCCAACUGGACUGAGAAAUCCUGAACUGGAAAGAAAUGGACUUUAUCCUCCCUACACUGGUUUGCCUGGAUCUCGACAUUCAUGCAUCUACCCGGGACAAUACAAUCCAUCCUUCAUUAGUGAUGAAACCAGAAGAAGAGACUACUUUUAG